CGCGCAGCAGCCGGUCUCUCUGGAAGCUUCUGGUCGGCACCGGGCGGGUCCGCACCUCUAAUCCGAGUCCAUCCUCAGCCGAACCGCGGUGUUUCAGCCCCGCGGCGCAUCAGUCCUCUUCUGAAGUCUUCCCUUAACAUUUUCCACCGAUUAUAAAGUCGCGAUGCCCGAAGCGAAGUUUGCAGCGAGAGGCUCAAACAAAGGAGGGGCGUAUGUGGACCGGGACAAGCCGGCCCAGAUUCGGUACAGUAACAUCUCAGCCGCCAAAGCUGUUGCAGAUGCCGUCAGAACAAGCCUGGGGCCCAAAGGCAUGGACAAGAUGAUCCAGGAUGAGAAAGGUGACGUGACCAUUACCAACGACGGGGCCACCAUCCUGAAGCAGAUGCAGGUGCUCCACCCGGCAGCCAAAAUGCUGGUGGAACUAUCCAAAGCCCAGGACAUUGAGGCUGGUGACGGCACCACCUCUGUCGUUGUGAUUGCUGGAGCACUGCUGGACGCCUGCUACAAACUGCUGCAAAAAGGCAUCCACCCCACCAUCAUCUCAGAGUCCUUCCAGAAGGCUGUGGAGAAGGGCGUGGAGGUGCUGACGGGCAUGAGCCAUCCGGUGCAGCUGAGCGACCGCGAGACACUGCUCAACAGCGCAACCACAUCGCUGUGCUCCAAGGUUGUGUCCCAGUACUCCAGCCUGCUGGCGCCUAUGAGUGUGGACGCCGUCAUGCGGGUCAUCGACCCAGCCACAGCCACCGGUGUCGACCUGCAUGACAUCAAAAUCAUCAAGAAGCUUGGAGGGACCAUUGAUGACUGUGAGAUGGUUGAGGGUCUGGUGCUGACCCAGAGGGUGGCCAACAGCAGCGUGACCCGUGUGGAGAAGGCCAAGAUCGGCCUCAUCCAGUUCUGCUUGUCCCCUCCCAAAACUGACAUGGACAACCAGAUCGUGGUGUCGGACUACGCCCAGAUGGACCGCGUGCUGCGUGAAGAGCGCGCCUACAUCCUCAACAUGGUGAAACAGAUCAAGAAGGCUGGCUGCAAUGUGCUGCUCAUCCAGAAGUCCAUCCUCAGAGACGCUCUGAGUGACCUCGCGCUGCACUUCCUCAACAAAAUGAAGAUCAUGGUGGUGAAGGAGAUUGAGAGAGAGGAAAUUGAGUUCAUCUGCAAGACUAUUGGCACCAAGCCCAUCGCCCACAUCGACCACUUCACUGCAGAGAUGCUCGGCACAGCAGAGCUGGCUGAGGAAGUCAGCCUGGACGGCUCCGGCAAGCUGGUCAAGAUCACAGGCUGUGCCAGCCCUGGGAAGACUGUGAGCAUCGUGGUUCGUGGCUCCAACAAGCUGGUGAUCGAGGAGGCAGAGCGCUCCAUCCACGAUGCGCUGUGUGUCAUCCGCUGCCUGGUCAAGAAGAGGGCUCUGAUAGCCGGUGGUGGCGCUCCAGAGAUCGAGCUGGCUGUACGUCUGGCUGAAUACUCGCGUACUCUUGGCGGUAUGGAGGCAUACUGUGUACGGGCGUACAGCGACGCCCUUGAGGUGAUCCCUUCAACGCUGGCCGAGAAUGCCGGUCUGAACCCCAUCUCCACUGUGACGGAGCUCCGCAACAGGCACGCUCAGGGAGACAAGAUGGCCGGCAUUAAUGUCCGCAAGGGAGGAAUCUCCAACAUCAUGGAGGAGCUGGUCGUGCAGCCUUUACUGGUUUCCAUCAGUGCUCUGACCCUGGCCACAGAGACAGUCCGCAGCAUCCUCAAGAUCGAUGACGUGGUGAACACCCGAUAAACGAUUUAAGUCUGUCCAGUGAGUUCUGUGCACUAAGCCUGCUCGUACUGCGAGGGAUCAGAGGACGUCAGUCUGUUCAGAUUUCCGCUGUUGUUGUUACGUUACGUAAUUUAAUAAAAAAGGCUUGUUUUUUUUUUUGUUGACACUCCA